CUCCCAAACACAAACAGCCCUCUUAACAACACACUUCCCAAAAACAAACACCUCUCCCAAACCAAAACCCCUUUCUAAACACCUCCCAAGCUCAGAAGGGCCGACCUGUCUUUAAUUACCGGUCAUUUACGACUUUUAUUUUGUAAACAAAAUACCGAAAUCUACCCGGAAGUGAACUCAACUUUAUUUCCUAUUGUUGAUACAAUCUGGCGUAACUCCGCAUACACAUCUUCUUCUUUACUGUGUUCGGGGAUUUAUGAUGCGUUUUAGACGCGACUGACUGCUCAGUUUAUUGCAUCAUUUAUUGGCUUGUUUCCUGCUCGUUUUUCCUCUCUUCUUGGCUAAAAAAACGAAAGGAUUUAUUGUUGAGAGACUAACGGAGCGAGUCUUUCUCUCGCCAUGGCCGAGCCGCGUUGUUUUCAAACGCAGCUGAACUCCAUCAUGGAGAUCAUGAGCAGGGCGGUCGUGAGGCAGAUCUGUAAAAUCGUAGACAGCGACUUGGCGUCUUUACGACUGGAGCUGGAGCGCGCGCUUCACGACAACGCGGCUCUCGGGGACAAAAUGCGCGUGCUCGAGAGCGAAGUGGAAACUAUGCGGAAAGCGGGAGCGCGCGCUCGGCGCAAGAGCUGCCGGUCUGUGUGCAUUCAGACAUCGGAAGACGCUCCACCCUCCAUUAACGGCAUCUUCGGGAAGGAGUGGUGCUCCAGUCUGUGGGACGGCAGGCCCAGGCCAGGAGAGGAGGCGGUCGAGGUGGAGCCGGAUGUGUCUGAUGAGCCUGAAAACGAUGACGACUGCAACGUGCGCAGUGUCAAGGAGGAGGUUUCUGAGCAGGAAAUCUGCGUCAUCAAUCCAACGUCAGGGAACAAAAGAAAUACAUCCACAGCGCCAAGAGAUCCUCAGGACGUCUCUGAAGACAUGGCUGACGACGACGACAUAUGCUUCAUAUCUGCGGGAUUUCCGGGGACAUCCGACGUCGACACCAUGGCGCCGGAUUCCCCGAGAGCCGCUGCCACCAAGCUCAUAUCUAUGGAUGGCACGGUUCAGCAUGUCAUCGUGUCAGGCGAUGACGACGACGACGACGACGACGACAACGAGGAAGAAGACCGGGUGGAGUUCGACCAGCACUGCAUGCCCAUUGAGUUUAUGGAGGGCGAACGGGGAGAAUCCGCAGCGUUCGAGAGGCCGGACGAGGUGGAGCAGGGGGCGGAGCAGGACAUUUUAACCGAUUCAGAGCGCAUGUCCGGCUCAGGCGGAGGUGCUGGUCACAUUUUUAAUUACUUCGACAGAUUCAAUAUCCAUCACCAACCCGGUCCAGGCGACGACUCGGCUAAGACGGACUUCACCUGUCCCGAAUGCGGGAAGACGUUCCUGCGUCGGAACGGCCUCACGUUGCACAUGAAGAGUCACCAAAAGCAGAACGCUCACGCGUGCCGCACCUGCAAGGUCGUCUUCCCGCAAAAGAACCUCCUCCGGACGCACAAGUGUCUGCCUCCGGAAAAAACUCUGGCCAAAACGGCGGACAUGAGGUUCCGCUGCGAGAUGUGCGGCAAAUAUUUUCACUCCAAAGCCAACCUGAAGGUUCACUACGCCGUGCACACGGGAGAACGGCCUCACACGUGCAGCUUCUGCGGAAGAGGGUUCUCGCAGAAAGGAAACCUGACCACUCACGAGCGCAUCCACAAGGGAGAGCGGCCGUACGUGUGCACCACCUGCGGGAAAAGCUUCACCCAGAAAGGCAACCUGACUCACCACCUGGCAAUUCAUAGCAAGAUAAACAACAGAAUGAGGAACGCUGUUGAAAAAUGGCAGUGACUUUUUUUUUUUAUUAUUAUUAUUAUUAUUAAUAUUAUUAUUUACAUACAGAAUAACAAAAAACUGGAUAUCAUCUCUGGAAAGAAUUUUUUUUUAAUCAAUUUAUUUCACUUUCUGUUUGUCAGUUUUAUCAAGUCUCGUCGUUUUUUUUUUUUGUUGUUGUUGUUAUUUUUUUUAGGUUUUUAACACCAAAAUUUUACAAGGGGGGGGAAAGAAGCUAACGUGAGAAUUUUGUAUAACUAAUGCCUGAGCCACACUAGAAGAGAAUCAGGCUGAGUUUUACGGUUGCUUCGUCCUGAUUUUAGGCUGGUUUUAAACAAUUGUGUGUGUGUGUGUGUGUGUGUGUGAACAGAAUGUAGAGACAGCCUGAAAUAUGAAUUGGGCUGCAUGGAAAGGGGAAAAAAUAAAAUUCCUGCAGAGACGACGUUUGGCCGGCCUUCACGGACAAUACGACGUAAUCGCAGAGCGUCGUAUGGAGGCUUCGCUCGUCGUGCCGUGUUCUCGUUGUGCGACGGCCCAUACGCGCCCGCAGAGAUUAUCCGAGCUUGUAAGUUUUUGUUGUGCAAUCCUCAUGGACGUCGUCUACACGUUAAGCACUCCUACGCAAGGGCCAGUACGACGCUUUUUCACUUGCGAAGGUGGUUACGUCUUCACGUAACCCCCCCGAGACGUCGUCUCCACCUUUGGCGGCUGUAUUACGUAAGCUCCGCCUCUCCGUAACGGUUAGGAGACAUGCAGAGCUUAUUAGAGUCUUAACACAGGGUCAGUCGCGCUGCUAACGUCCAUAGAUGUCGUGUUACUUACUCAGAUUUUAACAGUGACGUCAAACCCGUGUUUGAAACGUCAUCUCGCCAGUCCGUUUUCUGGUUUGUAAGUCUCUCGCCGUUUAAGUAUGGUAUAACCGAGAAGAACGGCGUGGGAGUGGCGCAAAGAUGGCCGACCUUAAUUCCUCAGGUCCAAUCAUGGGACCGGUUUGAAAGCCAUCCAUCUGUCUAUUUUCCAUGCCGCUUAUCUUGUACAGGGUCGUGGGGAGCCUGGACGCCUACCCCAGGGAUCUCCAGGCACAAGGCGGGGGACGUCCUGGACGGGGCACAAUCGCACACACUUCGGACAAUUUGGAAAUGCUAAUCAACCUACGACGCGUGUCUUUGGACUGGAGGAGGAAACUGGAGUACCCGGGGGAAACCCCCGAAGCAUGCGGAGAACAUGCAGACUCCACUCAGACAGGGUAAAGGUAGGAUUCGACCCCCAAACGUGGAGGUGCGAGGCAAAAGCCCCGCCCCACCCCCGGGUUAAAUUCAUGAAUAUUAAACAUAUCCAACACUAAACAGUAAGGGAGUUACACACUAACUGAUCCGUGUUGUAUCACGAUCGAUAUAAUCGGUAAGAGCCGAGAUAAACUCGUGUUCGUUUGUUUGGAAUCUGGAGUCGUGUUUGUUCACGAGCUACUCCACGAGAUCCUGUUGUUCCGAGAGUACGGUUCGUUAGAGAUCCAUGACCUGAAAGCCUAUGGUGUUUUUAAUACUUCUCGUUGUAUCUGGCGUCUCACGCUUUUUAACAUCGGUUCGGACGGUGUGGCCCAGGCAUAAAGCGUUAAUCUCAGCAUCUCGUUUCUAGUUCAUACGUCAAUAGUUAAUCUCAAACUACACUUGUAUAAAAAAAUGAAAUAAAAAAAAAAACCUUUUGCAUUUGCAUCAGUUGUAUGGAUUUUAUGUACCAACUUCAAAUAUAUGAUGUAUUUUAGACAAAUCUGGUGUGCACGGUUUUUCAUGUGUGACGAUACGAAGCACUUUCAACAUACAUUUGAG